UAAGCUUUUCUCCUUCUCUUUCUAAAGAACUGCCUCUGCCUCGCUUUGUGAUGUCGAAGAAUGAUGCUGAGAUGCGGGUUGGGAACCCAGCUGAGCUGCAUGGAACGAAGGUUCAGAUUCCGUACUUAACAUCCGAGAAAAAUUCCUUCAAAAGACUGGAUGAUGAGGAGAAACAGCAGGAAACACCGACUCCCACGAUGUCACCCCUCGCUUCCCCUCCUUCUUCCCCGCCUCAUUACCAGAGGGUGCCCUUGAGCCAUGGCUACAGCAAACUGCGGAUCGGCACAGAACAGAUGCAUCCAGCUCCAUAUGAAAGUAGGCAGCCCAUUGGCCAGCCUGAAGGACCCUCAUCAGAGGGUCCAGGAACCAAACCCUUACGUCGUCAGGCAUCUCUUAUUCGGUCCCUUUCAGCGGAGAGAGAACUGCAGGAGAACAACAGUAAUUACCCGGAUGACCCCUGGAGGAUAACAGAAGAACAGCGGGAGUACUAUGUCAAUCAGUUUCGGUCCCUCCAGCCAGACCCGAGUUCCUUCAUUUCAGGGUCUGUGGCCAAGAACUUCUUCACCAAAUCAAAGCUCUCCAUUGCAGAACUCUCUUAUAUCUGGGAACUCAGUGAUGCUGACUGUGAUGGAGCCCUGACCUUGCCCGAGUUUUGUGCUGCAUUUCAUCUCAUUGUAGCCCGGAAGAACGGCUACCCACUGCCAGAGGGCCUGCCUCCAACUCUGCAGCCAGAGUACUUGCAAGCAGCUUUCCCUAAAUCCAAGCGGGAGUGCGUGAUUUUUGAUUCUUAUUCUGAAUCAAUGCCAGCAAACCAACAGUCCUGUGACUUGAAUCGGAUGGAGAAGACAUCUGUUAAAGACAAGGCUGACUUUCCUGUGUCUACCCAAGAUGUGACUACUGGCGAUGACAAACAAGCUUUGAAAAGUACUGUUAAUGAAUCCUUACCAAAGGACGUAUCUGAGGAUACAGCAACUUCUAAGGACUGCAACAGUCUCAAAGCAAGACCAAGAUCCAGAUCUUACUCUAGCACCUCCAUAGAAGAGGCCAUGAAAAGGGGUGAGGACCCUCCCACCCCACCACCACGGCCACAGAAAACCCAUUCCAGAGCCUCCUCCUUGGAUCUGAAUAAAGUCUUCCAGCCCAGCGUUUCAGGUGAAGUGUCCCUCUGCAUCCACCCAAGCUAGUCAUUCCCUUUCCUGUUGGAGCUAGUCUAUAUCUCCCUUUCCUGUUG